CAGGGAUCUUGUGUCUGAUGUCAUUUGUUUUGGGCUGGGUUUUCUGUGAUACUUCUGAGUUGGCUGGUGGAAGAUCAUUAAGAUCUGAUUUAGCUGGUUUUGUGUCUGUGGGGCGUGCAGAUGUCUGCUGACGUUUUGUACCAUGAUCUUUGUAUUUAUUCUCUGACUGGCUGCUGUUUGAUUCUUCUGUGGCUUUACUGACUACGUUUGAACCUGAUUUCUUCACCAACAGAGACGGGCUGCAAAACUCACCGGUUUCUUGAAAGAUUGAAUUGUUGUGCCAGUCUUGUGAAGAUGAUGCGUUAUUGGGGUGAGCUUCCUGUGGCUUCGGCACCCUCAGGUCGCAGUUCGUUUGACCUUCUGCAGCGAGAGUUCCGGCAGGUGGAGAUGCAGGACCCUCCUCUGCACCAGCCGUCUGCCCAGCGCCCGCGUCCCACCACCAUGCUGGAUGUCCCCUCUGAGCCCUGCAGCCUCACCAUUCACACAGUGCAGCUGAGCCAGCAUACCCGCCGUCUCCGCACCCUUAUUGCUGCUGCCCAGCAGGGCCAGCAGCCCCUGCCCACAUUAUCAGACUCCCAGGGUGCCUUCAAACCCGAGGAUGGGGAUGCUCUACCUCCCCGACCCGCAACACCCACUGUACCUGAUGAUCUGCUCCCACUGGACAGUAAAGCCCCUCGACAGCCAUUCCAGCUACGACACAGUGACCCAGAAAGUGACUUCUACAAAGGUAAAGGUGAGCCAGUUACAGAACUGAGCUGGCUGUCCUGUCGUCAGCUUCUGUACCAGUCGGUUGCCACAGUGCUGGCUCAUGCUGGAUUUGAGUCGGCAAACGAGAGCGUGCUGGAGACUUUGACCGACCUGGUCCAUGAGCACUACUUGCGGCUCACUAAGCUGAUGCGUGUUGCUGUUGACAGGGAGGCCUGUCAUGGCUCUACACCCUUUCCUGAUGUGGUGGAGCAGGUCUUCCAUGAGGUGGGCAUCGGAAGUGUCCUGGCCCUCCAGCGCUUCUGGCAGGUCCGCAUCAAAGAUUACCACAGCUACAUGCUGCAGGUCAGUAAGGAGCUCUCAGAAGAGUACGAGAGGCUGGUGAAUCCAGAAAGGGCUCUGGAGGAUUCCAAACCCUUGAAGGUUAAAGAGGAGCCAGUGAGUGACAUCCCAUUCCCCUUGAGCGAGGAACCAGAGGCAGAUCUAGCCUCUGGUGACCAGGCCCUGCCCAUCCUGGGCACCUCCAGUGAGAGACUGACUGGAGGGCUAGAAGAGGGACAGUCGCCUCACACAUCAGGGGCAGCAGGAAACAGCUCCCCCUUGUGGCACCUAGCCCAGGUAAAGAUGGAACCCCAGGACAGUGAGGAGGGCCAGGUAUCAGGUCAUGGGGUUCUGGGCAGUGAUGUCUUUGAAGAAGGUCCCAUGUCCACUAUGAGUGAGGCAGGCAUUCCUCCAUCUCCUGGGGGUUCGGAAGGCAGUUACGGGUCCCAAUCACCAGACUCACUCAUGGGCACAUCACCCUUCACCCAGCGGCCUAAGAAACGAAUGAGAAAAGUAUAACAUAGCUUCAUUAUCGAAAUAAAGAGACAAAGUAUUUCCAUCGCUGUUUUGAUAGUAUUGUCUUCUAUUGGGACUACAUGUCUUACUGUGUGCGUGUGCGUGUGUGUGUCACUUUGUGGGGACCAAAUGUCCCCAUAAGGAUAGUAAAACAUGAAGUUUUUGACCUUGUGGGGACAUUUUGUCGGUCCCCAUGAGGAAAACAGCUUAUAAAUCAUACUAAAUUAUGUUUUUUGAAAAUGUCAAAAUGCAGAAUGUUUUCUGUUAGGUUUAGGGGAUAGAAUAUAAAGUUUGUACAGUAUAAAAACCAUUAUGUCUAUGGAAAGUCCCCAUAAAACAUGGAAACACAACGUGUGUGUGUGUGUGGCCAGCAACUGGUCACUGUUUUACCCAAUUACUGAGUGGGACAAUUACUUGUUUGCAAUAAUAAAAUUAGCAUCUAUUUGUUGUAACAAAGCAAGGAGCACAACACGGAUGUAAAUAUAGCCUUAUGUCUGCUUCAAAACACACCGGGACCAUAAUCAAUCGGGAUAAUGGCAAAUUAAUUACAGCAUGCAUACAUUUGCAUUUUAAAUAAUCAAACCAUUUCAUUACCUGCUUGCAUUCACAGACGUAACAGUGGAGUUAUUGUCUCUUAGCCACCUGUGCUAAAAAAUUAUUUUGCUAGACACAUGCUGGUUGAGAGUAAAUUAAGUUUCCCACCCUCUCCAGAUACCAAAGCAUUCUGGGACUCUGAAAAAGUAGAUAUCAAACAGGGUUUCCAAAUGAAUUUGGCAUGAGCCUUUAGUGUCUGGCAGAUCUUAUUACAGCUAGACAAAAAAAAUCAUUCAUUCAAUGUUGUCUUUAAUCACACACUGUCAUCAUUUUUAUCAAUCCUUAAAGGGACAGUUCACCCAAAAAUGAAAAUUCUCUCAUAAUUUAAUCAUCCCCCAUGUCAUCCCAGAUAUAUAUGAC